AUGUCCGAUUCGGAUGUUCUCCAGUCUGCGGUGCGCGUGCCUACGCCUCCCCCGGGCGCGUCGUACUCGCCAGCCGCAGCCUCUCGAAAACGCUCACCUCCGUCUCGUUCCCCCUCCCCAAAUCGUCGCCGAUCGCCUCCCGGUGAUUCUCUUCGAGAUGGUCCCGAUGUUCCCAACGUCGAUGCAGAACAAGCCGACGACAGAGAACGGCAACUCGCUGAACGUGUUCGCGAACAUGAAAAGCGCGAAGCCGCGCGCAAGCCGAUGACCGAGGAGCAAAAGCAGGCCUCAGCAAAGGCAGAGUACGAAAAGCUGCUCAACAUGCGAUCCGGUGGCACUUACAUCCCUCCGGCCCGACUCCGUGCGUUGCAGGCGCAAAUCACAGAUAAGACGAGCAAGGAAUACCAGCGCAUGGCAUGGGAAGCUUUGAAGAAGUCAAUCAAUGGUCUUAUCAACAAAAUCAACGUUUCCAACAUCAAGUUCAUUGUCCCGGAACUUUUUGCGGAGAACCUAGUGAGGGGCCGAGGAUUAUUCUGUCGGUCGAUUAUGAAGGCGCAGGCGGCCAGUUUGCCCUUCACUCCAAUCUACGCAGCGAUGGCAUCUAUCGUCAACACCAAACUUCCGCAGGUUGGCGAUUUAUUGCUUACCAGGUUGGUUGUUCAAUUCCGCAAGGCCUUCAAGCGAAAUGACAAGGCGGUCUGCAUUUCCUCUACAACUUUCAUCGCGCACCUCUGCAAUCAACAAGUGGCGCACGAGAUGUUGGCAGCUCAGAUCCUGUUGCUUCUUUUGCACAAGCCAACGGACGACAGCGUGGAGAUUGCUGUAGGUCUCACUCGAGAAGUUGGACAGCAUCUGGAGGAGAUGAACGCUCCUAUCGCACUCGCCGUAUUCGACCAAUUCCGAAACAUUCUACACGAGGCCGAUAUUGAUAAGCGUGUUCAAUAUAUGAUCGAAGUGCUCUUCCAGGUGCGCAAGGAUCGGUACAAAGACAACCCAGCAAUCAAGGAGGAGUUGGACCUAGUGGAAGAGGAAGAUCAGAUCACACACCGUGCCGGCUUGGAUGACGAGCUGGAAACUCAAGACACUCUCAACAUCUUCAAGUACGAUGCCGAGUGGGAGGAGCACGAGGAGGCCUAUAAGAAAUUGAAGGCCGAGAUCCUGGGCGAGGAGAGUGACGAGGAAAACGAGGACGGGACAGAUGAAAGUGAAGAGGAAGAAUCCGAUACGGAAGAAGUACAGAUGGAUAUCAAGGAUCAGAGUAAUACUGAUCUGGUCAACCUUCGACGAACAAUCUACCUCACAAUCAUGUCCAGCAUUGAUUUCGAAGAAUGUUGCCACAAGCUGAUGAAGAUCAACCUGCCGGCCGGGUUGGAGCAUGAACUUCCAUCCAUGGUCAUUGAAUGUUGCUCCCAGGAACGGACAUACUCCAAAUUCUAUGGCCUGAUCGGAGAGCGAUUCGCCAAGAUCAACCGACUUUGGUCAGACCUGUUUGAGGCUGCCUUUGCCAAGUACUACGAUACCAUCCAUCGUUAUGAAACAAACAAACUGCGCAACAUUGCCCAGUUCUUCGGCCACCUCAUUAGCAACGAUGCGAUUGGUUGGCAUGUCUUGUCUGUGGUUCAUCUCAACGAAGAGGAGACCACCUCCAGCAGCCGUAUCUUCAUCAAAAUCCUGUUCCAAAACCUCGCAGAGAAUCUCGGUCUGCCUGGACUGCAGGCCCGCUUUAGGGAUGAUAUACUGCGACCGAGCUUCGAGGGUCUCUUCCCGACAGAGAACCCACGCCACACUAGGUUCUCAGUCAACUACUUCACCAGUAUCGGUAUGGGUGUAUUGACGGAAGACAUGCGUGAGAACCUCAAAACCCUUCCUCGUCCUACAGUGCCCGCUUUGCCUGCACGAGCCACCUCUCGAUCCCUCUCGCGCACCCCAUCUGAUCGAUCCCGUUCAAUGUGCUCAACAUGCACUGGAUCUCCUCACUCCCGCCGGACCGCGGCCGUUCCUACUCUCGCUCCAUCACUCCCUCUUCCCGGGGCCGAAGCUACACACCUUCGCGCUCUCGGUCCCCAGUCCGUCGCCGUCGUGGCGCAUCGGACAGUCGGUCCCGGACCCCCGCAGGACGAUCCCGAUCCCGAUCCAUCUCCCGCACACCGGCCAAGCGCAGUCGAGCACGUUCCCGCUCCUACAACUCGCGAAGCCCAAGUCGCAGUCCCUAUCGAUCUCGUCGCUCGGUUUCUCGGUCUGUCACACCGCCGCACCGAGGCCAAAGCCCUCCUAGCCGGAGGAACCGCAGCAUCACCAGAUCAGUUUCCCGGUCUGUCACACCUCCGCCCCGUCGUGAGCCGGCGUCCAGAGGUGCAAAACGAUAUUCGUCUGAAUCUGUGUCACCCCCUCCCCGCCGACGAGGUGAGGCUGCAGGCUCUGUCCCUCGCUCUCGCUCGCCUACUCCUAAGCGCCGGGCAGAAUCACGGGGUCGAACUCAUUCGCGGACACCACCGCCGCGUAGAUAAAUCGGGAGCCUCUGAUGCUUUGAUCCCGACUUCUUGGGGAUUGGCUAAACGGCCCGCAUGUUACUGUUGUUAA